GAAUUUGCAGUCUUCAUCUAUGGAUGCGCUGUAUGGAGUGGAUUUUCAAUACUGCUUGUAAACUCCCAGCUGUUAAGCAAGGAAGAAAUAUUCCAUCACAAAAGAGUAAAGAAUUUAUUGAAAACAAAAAAAAAUUCCAGUAUUUAUUCAAGAUACAACUGAAUAUAAGGGUUUCUUUUGUCAGGAAAGGAUGUGGAACAACCAAUACUGGAGAUGUUGCUCGCAAAUUUUUUAAUAACCCGAUUGUGACAGGGAGAAUUUUAAACUUGGAUAUCAGAAUGAUUAAGUUGUUUCGAGAUUUACUCAUUGAUAUAAACAGAACAACUACAAGACCGGAUAUAAAGGUUUUCAAACAGAAAUCUGAACAUCUAUUUGCACUCAUAACUAAUGAUAAAUUUUUAAAAACCAUACCUAUGUCACAAUCUGUGCAUAGAGUGAUAGUUCAUGGUACUUCUUUCAUAAGGUAUUUUAAGUAUCCGAUAGGUUCUUUGUCUGAGAGUGCUAUUGAAGCCAGAAAUAAGGAAAACAAAACUGCUCGAAUUGGUCAUGCUCGUUUAACCUCUUUUGCAGAAAACACUAGGGAUACAGCUAAUUAUUUGUUUAUGACAUCUGAUAUGUACCUCUUUUGCAAAAAAAACAAAAUGGAUAAAAAAAGAGUGAAAACAAAAUAGUUUAAGAAAGCAAAGUGACAGUUCUUCUGAUAACUGCUUAAAAUAAAGGAAGUAAGACCAUGAAGAAUCAUACUGAUGAGCUGUUCUGUGUUGAAUUUAAAAAAAACGGCUAUUUUCAUAGCCACAAGUUAUUAAAAACAUCUAUUAGAAUAGAACGUUGAGAAACUGUGAAAGAAUGCAAAGAGCCAAGUAUCAUAUGAUAGCAGAGUUGUUUAUUAUAUUCAAUGAUACUGUUUAUUUUGAA